AUGGAGGUCAAUGGAGUCGCAGUCAUGAAACGUCGCUCGGAUUCCUGGCUGAAUGCCACUCAGAUAUUGAAGGUCGCCGGUGUUGUCAAAGCCAGACGAACAAAAACGCUCGAGAAGGAAAUCGCUGCUGGCGAACACGAGAAGGUGCAGGGAGGCUACGGCAAGUAUCAAGGCACCUGGGUGAAUUACCAGAGGGGAGUGGACCUAUGUCGCGAAUAUCAUGUCGAGGAAUUGUUGAGGCCCCUUCUCGAAUACGAUAUGGGUCCUAACGGCACCGCCAAUUCUACGCAAGACUCUCUGGACACCCCGACGAAGGAACAGGCGAUGGCAGCGCAAAGGAAACGUUUAUAUAGCAGCAUGGACAACCGGAGCAUGUCGCAGCCUCAACAAGGGACUUUUUUCCAGAACAUCUCCCGCACCGCCGCUACCGCCGUUAACGCCAUGAGCAAGGCCCGAUUCGAGUCCCCUGCCGCGCGAAGCGUCGAUGGUAGAAGACCGAGCACUAUUCGAAAACCGUCCGCCCAGAUGAACAGCCAAGAGUCACAUAUGGCCCUGAGCAGUCAACAAAGCAUGUACAGUGUCACCUCCGACAGUGGGUUUGGAAGCAAUGUCAACAAUGGCCGAUUCGGGCAAGAUGGAAUGGCCUUCGAGCACGAAGAGCCCGCUGAACCACCACGGAAGCGUGUCAGGUCCUCUUCAAACCAUGCAAAUUCAUUUGGGCUUCAGUAUGAAGCUUCAACACUGUCAAUGCAAGAACCAACGCCUACCGAACCGAAUGAUUCUUUCUAUCAGGAUAUGGACAUUUCUACCUCAGCGGUGAUGGACGACAGCAAACGCGGGGUGGAACCUCUCCCUCCUGCCACGACACCAGAGCGAUUCCAAAAAAUGAAGCUCAUAAUGACCCUUUUCCUUGACAAAAAGGCGAAAGACUUCUCUACACACCCUGCAUUGAUGCAACUUACGGGCGAAGAUCUGGAGAUACCACUCGAUGAAUACCGCAACAAUGCUUUGCACUGGGCGGCGAUGCUCGCCCGCAUGCCUCUUGUCCACGCUCUAGUUGCCAAGGGUGUGAGCAUAUAUCGGCUGAACGGUGCAGGCGAAACGGCACUGCAGAAGUCUGUUGGUACACGAAACAAUCUUGAUUAUCGAAGUUUUCCGCGGCUAUUGCAGGUUUUGGCCCCCACAAUUGAUAUGGUUGACUAUAGUGGGCGAACGAUACUUCAUCAUAUCGCAGUCAUGGCUGCUACUGGAGGCGGUGGUCAUGUUUCUGCAAAACACUACCUUGAAGCUUUGUUGGAGUUCAUAGUCCGUCAUGGUGGCUCUUCUGUACCCCAGGAGGCUUCGAAUGGACUGGAAAAUGGGGCGAAUCAUACUCAAGGCAAGGAAGUGAUAACGCUAGGCCGGUUCAUCUCAGAGAUUGUAAAUCUGAGGGAUGAUCAAGGUGACACAGCGCUAAAUCUGGCUGGACGAGCACGCUCGGUGCUCGUGCCUCAACUGCUGGAAGUAGGCGCCGAUCCGCACAUACCGAAUCAUACAGGCCUUCGGCCUGCAGAUUACGGAGUAGGGGUGGACAUGGUUGACGGCGGCUCACAAUCCCAAGGAAAUAAGAGCGAUUCUUUUAUGGACCAGCUGGCCAAGACAAAGAAGGAAAUUUUAGAUGCAACACUGUCCCAGAUUAGUUCAAUUGUGCAAGAGACGAUAAGCGGCAUCGACAAGGAACUGGCCGCAAACCUGGCCAAGAAACAAGAAAAAUUCGAACACUGGCACUCGAAGAUACGCGAAUCCGCAAAGGCUCGGCAGAUCGAACAGAAGCAACUAGACGACUUGAAGCGCAAAUCCUUCGAUCGUAUAGAGCUAAGCAGACGGUUUAAAAACCUCGAGAGGUCUUCAGAUGAUCUUCUUACGACGCUGAAGAACCUCCAUGGCGGCUCAUUCGAUCCUGCGAAGGUAAUUACAGUCGGCGAGGCCGACAAAGUAUCCGGUAUCGACAUUGCUGCAUUUGAGGCUUUAUUCCCGAACAACUUUGACCCUGCGUCUGGCUUUUCUGAAAAGCAGGUUGCGUACCUAAACUCGCUUUAUCCGUCCGAGACGCUCCAGCAGUUGAUACAAUGCUACCAAGAAUUUAAUGAGGAGAUAUUGACGGAGGUCGGUCGCCUCAAGUCCAAGAACGUGGUGUUGGGCCAGAACUAUCGUCGAAUGGUGAUGGCUUGUACGGGCUGGACGGCAGAACAAGUCGAUGAAGCUGCAGAGGGCUUGACACAGUGUGUCCAGGAGCUCAAUGAUAACCCAGUCCCCGAAGAUGAAGCCAUCGAAAUCCUAAUGAGGGAUCGCGGACAAGACUGGUGA